AUGAACACUCGCUCACUUGGCCUAUCAUUCAUACGUCACAAUUCUACAUCAUGUGCCACGAAGUUUAUACCGUUAACCGAAAACUAUAAGACACUACGUCAUAUUCAUUUUCCAGGCAUUACACCUUUCCAAACUGGUCAAGAUAUACAAGCGGAUAUGGUCAAUGCAAACAUUCACUUCAAAAAAUUGGAAAGCAAGAUAAUUAAGCAACAGCGUGAGGCUUGGACCAAGGGCCUUACACUUUCGGACUAUGAAGACCAAUUUUUAAAGAAAAUUUUGGACAUGAAACCCUUACCAACAUUGUUAACAUUUGAAUUUGAAAAUGUGUACACAGGUGGAAAGAAAAUGAAACAAGAUCCAAACCUUCCAGAAAGGAUCAAAGAAUUUGAAAAAUUGGGAUGUAGAUAUUUUCAGUUGGAAAGAGGAGGUGAAACUACCUGGCAUGGGAAGGGCCAACUAGUGGCUUAUCUUAUCUUGGAUUUGAAGAAGUUUGAGAACUUAACUGUAAGGUGCUUCGUUGAUUCGGUGCUAUUGAGAUCGGUCCAGGAAACAUUGAAGCAUAAAUAUGGAUUAUCUGAAACGUUCACCAACUCCAACCCUGGCGUGUGGAUGUCUCAAGAUGACUUGAAGAUUUCGUCUGUUGGUUGCAACAUCCAAAGAGGUAUAUCGUCGUAUGGGAUCGGUUUGAACAUCGCACCAGAUCUUAAAUACUUGAAUACGUUCACCAUGUGUGGUUUGAGCGGCACCACUGCAACAAGUGUGCAUGAAAUCCUACCCGAUUUGGAACAGAAGGAGUUGAAUAUCAAAGAUGUGGCAUUCGAGUACGCCAAGCAGGUUUCAAAGAGAUUAAAUAUCACUAGUUUAGAACAUAUGGAUGGUGAAGAUUUGAUCAAGUCGAUGCAGGGCCAAAACGAAUCUGAAACAGAGACCGAGCCUGGUUCUGAAUCAAACAGUACAGUGUGA